GAUAAAUAAUUAAUGAGAAAAUGUUAAAGAAUUGUUUUUUACCCGUACAAUACAACUAUUUACAGAGUAAAAUUUGUGGAGAAAUUAUUUGCCAAAGUGAAACAUCUUUUAGCAUAAAUUGUAACUUUUGCAAAUUAAAAAUCUUCGAGUUUAGUGAGUUUGUGCAACAUUUUCGUACCACCCACUGGUCGGAAAUUAAGCCGGCGGAUAUUUCUAACAAACCUGAUGUGAAUGAGGAAACAUUUCCAACACAACGAAAUCUAAUAGAUGAAAAUCUAAUAAAACCAGAGAUAUACGAGGAAAACAAACUUUUGUAUCAACAAUACCCUUUGCACGAACCUGAUGAGGACCAUGACGAAAAUAAUCAACACGAAUGGUCUGCGGAUUUGGAAGAGAACCAAAGUGAUAAGAGUAUCAUUUCAAGCAAUGUCGAUGACGAAACAAGUGAUAUGCUGGAAACAAUAGGAAUAUUAAAAAAGAAAUUAGCAUCUAACAAGCCAAAGGAACGAUCUUUUAAAUGUAAUUUGUGUACACGUUCAUUUAGCAUUCAAUCCAACUAUGAAACUCAUAUACUGACGCAUGAACGAUUGGAAUUCCAAUGCGAUAAAUGUAGCAGAUCCUUUGCUGACGAGAGUCUACUUUUUGAUCAUCAACAUAUGCAUAACGGAUACUCCUGUGAUAUUUGCAAUAAGGUUUAUGCAAAAAAGGAUUCAUUACGCUUUCACAAAGAAAUACAUAUCCAAACGAAAAACUUCGUAUGUCAGUAUAAAAACUGUAAUAAAGCCUUUGCUAGCCAGAGACGACUGAACCAGCACACGCGCUUAACACAUUUACUCACAUGUAACUUUGUUUGUGAAGUAUGUGGCUCACGGCAGUGGGAUAAAAAAGCAUUAAUUAAUCACAAGCGGUCACAUACAGGGGAAAAGCCAUUUAAUUGUAUUAUAUGUGAUCGACGUUUUAUGACCAAAUCCUUGCUAUUAGAACAUAAAGCUUGCCAUGAAACGGAACGUAAGCAUGUAUGUGAGGUGUGCGGUAAAAGUUUUAAUCGCCCGAAAGCACUGUAUCAUCAUAAGCAUUUACAUUUGAGCGUAAAGAAAUUUGUUUGCAAAUUGUGUGGUGCUGCAUAUGCUCAGGGCGCCGGUUUAUCCGCUCAUAUGCGUAAACAUAAGGAGAAUAAGAUUAUAGCUGAUAAACAAAUCAUCAAAUAAACUAAUUGAAACAAA